GGAUCGCUGUGCGUUGGAAUUGACAUGUUGACAGUGAGUUUUGCUUGUAGUUUGUUCACCUUCAAGGAAAGAAACACGUGCAUUAAAGCCUUAGAGGGCUGAAAGGAUCUGCACGUGGUAGAGUGGGAAGCACGGAAGAGAAAGGAGUGAUGGAAGAGAAAGGAAGGGUUAGGAAAAGCAUUAUAGGCAAGAUGAAUCUUGAAAUGAUUCGUAAAAGUUUAAUACAUGAUUACUAGGCAUAGGAGAAGGAUAUCCCAAGAAACAAGAAUUAUGAAACAGCAUGGUUCAAAUGCUACGACUUACCAUGAUCUGUCUACCUUCUGCUUCAUAUCGAGCAAUUAUAUAGUGCUUGUCAUGUGGUGAACAUUAUUUUAUGUUCCUUAUGUAGAUUAGCUCAUUUAAUCUUCACAAAUCCAUGAAGCAGCAACUGUAAUUAUCAUAAAUGAAGAAAACUGAAGCUUGAAAAUUAGGUAGUUUGACCUAGUUCACAUAGCUAAUAAAUUGGAGAGCUGCAAUUCACACUUAGGCACUCUAGCUGUAGGCGCUGUGCACCUAAUCAUCAGGCUGUCCUGCCCACCUCUUUCCUUGCCCCACCCUUCUCCCUAACUACAGUACUUGCUUUUCCUGAACUUGAUAUGUCAUGAUUCAGUACCCGUGUUUCUGUUUCUCCUGCCUUGAUGACCCUUUUCUUUUACCCAAGCAUUCUUGUUUUGACUUAAACAUCGGAAAAGGUGUGCGCCACAGCUGUAUUCUUUCACCUGUUUAUUCAUUCUGUAUACUGAGCAAUUAUCCGAGAACCUGGACUCUAUGAAGAUGGCAUGGCUUUAGGACUUGAAGAAGGAUAAUCAUCUACAGUGUACAGCUAAUACAGCCUUGCGUUCUGGACGUGAACUAGCCAUGAAGCACUUAGUUGUGAAGAUAUCAAAGAUUACAGCUUUGAGUAUGGAUUACACCUCAACAUAAAUAAUAAUAAUAAUUUUUUAAACCUUUAUAACCUGGCCAGUGAGCAACAUCAGGAUAAACAGAGACAAUACUGAAGUUGUCACAAGUAUUAUUUUUACAUGGAUCUACAGUUAAUUGCUCGUGGAAGUAACAGUUAAGCAAUCAAAUAGCACUUUGCAUUGGACAAAUCUGCUGCAAAAUACCUCUUUACAAGUGUUGAAAAACAAAGUUAUAACUUUGAGCGCUGAGCUUAUAAAAAUGGAAUUUCAAGCAGUUGUAAUGGCAGUUGGAGGGGGAUCUCGGAUGACAGACCUGACUUCCAGCAUUCCCAAACCGCUGCUUCCAGUUGGGAAUAAACCCUUAAUUUGGUAUCCAUUGAACCUGCUUGAGCGUGUUGGAUUUGAAGAAGUCAUUGUGGUUACAACCAGGGAUAUCCAAAAGGCUUUAUCUGCAGAAUUCAAGAUGAAAAUGAAAGUAGAUAUUGUUUGUAUUUCUGAUGAGACUGACAAAGGAACUGCAGAUUCUCUGCGCCACAUAUAUCCGAAACUUAAGACAGAUGUACUGGUCCUCAGCUGUGAUCUGAUAACAGAUGUUGCCUUACAUGAGGUAGUGGACCUAUUCAGAGCUCAUGAUGCAUCACUUGCUAUGUUAAUGAGAAAAGGCCAAAGUGGCAUAGAAUCUGUUCCAGGUCAAAAGGGAAAGAAAAAAGCAGUGGAGCAGCGUGACUUCAUUGGAGUGGACAGCACAGGAAAGAGGCUGCUCUUCAUGGCUAAUGAAGCAGACUUGGAUGAAGAGCUGGUCAUUAAGGGAUCCAUCCUGCAGAAGUACCCUAGAAUACGUUUCCACACGGGCCUUGUGGACGCCCACCUCUACUGCCUGAAAAAAUACGUCGUGGAUUUCCUAAUGGAAAAUAAGUCAAUCACUUCGAUCCGGAGUGAACUGAUUCCAUACCUAGUGAGAAAACAGUUCUCUUCAGCCUCAUCUCAACAGGGACAAGAAGAAAAAGAGGAAGACCUGAAGAAGAAAGAGCCCAAAUCCUUAGAUAUUUACAGUUUUAUAAAAGAAGCCAAUACUUUUGCACCUAAUGACACCUGCUGGAAUGCCUGUCGAACAGACAAGUGGGAAGACUUAACCAGACCACAGGUGCGCUGCUAUGUCCACAUCAUGAAAGAAGGCCUCUGCUCCCGAGUGAGCACCCUAGGACUCUACAUGGAAGCAAAUAGACAGGUGCCCAAAUUGCUGCCUGUUCUUUGCCCAGAAGAAUCGCUGAUCCAUUCAUCAGCCCAGAUUGUCCAUAAACACCUAGUUGGAGUUGACAGCCUUAUUGGGUCAGAUACACAGGUUGGCGAGAAGUCAUCUAUUAAGCUAUCAGUCAUUGGUUCAUCCUGUGCCAUAAGAGAUAGAGUGUCUAUCACAAAUUGUCUUCUCAUGAACUCAGUCACCGUGGAGGAAGGAAGCAGAAUCGAGGGCAGUGUCAUCUGCAACAAUGCUGUGAUCGAGAAGGGAGCUGACAUCAGCGACUGCCUAAUUGGAAGUGGCCAGAGAAUUGAAGCCAAAGACCCUGUUUUCUUCUUGUGUGCUGGAACAUCCUUAUUUCUGCUUUCUUUCCUCCUUGUUUCCACCAAGCCAAACGAGUGAAUGAAGUGAUCGUGGGAAGUGACCAGCUCAUGGAGAUCUGAGUUCUGAGGAAGUCGUACUCCUUCUCUUGGCCCCCACAACUACACACAUUGUUGGAUGGCCCACCUGUUUGACUCUGUAUUUAUUUCCCAAUAAAGAGGACCCUUGAAAGGCA